CGACGUUAUUCAGGCUGAACUCUUCCUCCGUUCUGUCAGUCUGCAGCAGCGUCUUCUCUCUUCUCAUCAAGUGCCAAUAAAUCAAGUAACCGAUGGAGGGCGGCGGACACGUCAACAUUGCGAUGAUCGAAGACAUCGGCACCAACGGGACGUCUCAACCAAAGACGAGCACGGACCUUAACAGAACCAAGCGAGCUUGUGGUUCCACGGUGAGCUUCCACAACAUCCAGUACAACGUACACACGAAGAGUGGCUUCUUCUGCAAAGCUAAACGGAGCCCGAAGGAGAUCCUGAUGGACCUCAAUGGGAUUAUGAGACCCGGUUUAAAUGCCAUUCUUGGACCAACUGGAAGUGGAAAAUCUUCCUUCUUGGACAUUCUGGCUGGGAGGAAGGAUCCUCUGGGUCUAUCAGGGGAGGUUCUUAUUGACGGAGCGCCGCAGCCUCCGAACUUCAAGUGUCUCUCUGGCUAUGUGGUCCAGGAGGAUGUAGUUAUGGGCACCCUGACUGUGAGGCAGAAUCUCAGCUUUUCUGCAGCGCUACGCCUUCCGACCUCUGUGCCCCAAAGUGAGAAGGAGGCCCGAGUCGAGCAUCUCAUCAGGGAGCUGUGUCUCAGCAAAGUGGCGGACUCUAAGGUGGGCUCACCGAUGACCCGGGGAAUCUCAGGAGGAGAGAGGAAGAGAACCAACAUCGGGAUGGAGCUGAUUAUUGAUCCGGCGGUUCUGUUUCUGGAUGAGCCGACCACAGGGCUCGAUGCCAGCACCGCCAACUCUGUCCUGCUGCUGCUGAAGAGGAUGGCCAGUCACGGGCGAACUAUCAUCAUGUCCAUCCACCAGCCUCGCUACUCCAUCUACCGACUCUUUGACACGCUGACUCUGUUGGUGGGUGGGAGGAUGGUGUACCAUGGACCAGCCCCCAGCGCUUUGGACUACUUCUCUAACAUUGGCUAUCCGUGCGAGCCUCACAACAACCCAGCCGACUUCUUCCUUGAUGUUUUAAACGGAGUCUUCACUAAGCCAAGCAAAGUUCACGACACGGCAGAUCUGACCUUUGAGGAACUUGGUUCUACCAGGCAGAACAUCGAGGAGCACCUUGUAGAGGAGUACAAGAACAGCAGCUACUCCAACGACGCGCGGGCCGACUUGAGGCGCAUUCUUCAAAACAAGGAGCGUCUGUCGCCGGCGGGCUCUCGCAGCAUCGCCUACAACAGCUCCUUCCUGCACCAACUUCGAUGGGUUUUUCAGAGAACCUUCCAGAACCUCAUGCUGACUCCACAGACGUCUGUGGCUCAGGUGGGAGUCAACGUUUUUCUUGCUCUCAUCGUUGGAGCCAUUUUCUUCUCAGUCCAAGAUGAUCAGAGUGGUCUCCAAAACAGGAUGGGCGCCCUCUUCUUCAUCACGACCAACCAGUGUUUCAGCACCGUGUCUGCAGCUGAGCUCUUCAUCGCGGAGAGGAACCUGUUUGUGCAUGAAUACAUCAAUGGCUACUACAGAGUCUCUGUGUACUUCCUGUCUAAAAUCCUUUGUGACCUCAUCAUGCGCACCGUCACCUCUGUCAUCUUCAGCGUCGUUGUCUACUUUCUGAUCGGGCUGAAGUCCACGGUGGAAGCCUUCCUCAUCUUCACAUUCACAGUGACCCUGGUGGCCUACACGGCCACGGCCCUGACGAUGGCCAUCUCAGCCGAUCAGAGCGUCGUGGCUCUCGCCAACAUCUUCAUGACCAUAACAUUUGUCUUCAUGAUGAUCUUCUCUGGCCUCCUUGUGAACCUUCCCAGCAUCGUGGACUGGCUGGCUUGGCUCAAGUACUUCAGCAUUCCUCGAUACGGCUUCGCGGCCUUGAAGAUCAACGAGUUUGAGGGUUUAAGGUUCUGCGAGGAGCCUGCGAGGCAACCUGCUAACGCGUCGUCCGACUGUGGCGCGAGCUCGGCGGCCCAGAUGUGUAGAGGAGAGCAGUACCUGGACUACCUGGGGAUAAGGUCCAGCUCCUGGGGCCUGUGGGAAAAUCACGUGGCCUUGGCCGUCAUGAUGGUCGUCUUCCUCUUCAUCGCCUACCUGAAGCUGCGCUACAUCAGGAAGUUCACCUAAACCGAGAUCCUGGACUCAACCUUUCAGGGAUAAACCCUUAGACCGGCACGCAUACCUACCACAAACGCAUCCAUUCUCGAGACAAAUUAAACGCUUGGCCCGGUCCAAAUGUCUGGGUGAGACGGGCGGAGAUCUAGAAACUGAACCCACAGAGAAUAAUGUGUGACGACACUGCUGGGUUCACGUUGGAGCUCACUGAGUCCGGCGGGACGUAGGGUGCUGUGAAAAAACAUCGUCCCAUUUUCUGCAAUCAAUUUAAAUAUCAGACAAACAUAACCCCAGUAAAUGCAGGAGGAAGCUUUCUAAAAGAUGAUUUACUUUAUUA